AUGAAUACUACGUCAUCUCCCCUGUCUGUACCAAUUUGGCUAUGGUCCAAAAGUGCUAGACCCUACGUCACGCUGGCCUUGUUCAAGUCUAGCCUAGGCAUCUAG